GAUAAAGGGUGCCACCAGCCGUCAUUAUGAGAGAUGGGCAGUAAAAGAGGUGAUUGAUUGUAUAAGCGAAGCAGACCACUAAUCGAAGAGCAGUGUUGGACAGCAAGCUAGUUCACCAAGAUGUGGCUCCUCCUAGCAUGCGUUUUAUUUACCGGCGUCAUCAAGGAAGGAUAUACCCUACCUAGCCGACUGGCACUACAAACAAAGGAUGCGAAUCUAGGCAUUAUUGGUGGAGAUGACGCGAAAAUAGAAUCAUUUCCAUACCAGGUGGCUUUAACAUACGUCGAUUCCUUCAAGUGCGGUGGUUCGAUUUUAAAUGAAAAUUUUGUCUUGACAGCUGCCCAUUGCCUCUACUACGUCCAGAGUGACUGGCAUGUCCGCGUUCGUGCUGGUUCCACUCUCCGUACGUCGGGUGGGCAAUACCCGCACGCCAAAAAGGUCCUGUACGACUCCCGCUUCACCAUGAAGAAUCUGCGGUACGACGUGGGGCUCAUCAAGCUCGAGACGCCGCUGGUCCUGGGCCCGGCGGUGCAGCCGGUGCAGCUGGUGGCGGUGGGCGCGGAGCCGGGAGUGGGCAGCACCAUAACACUCAGUGGCUGGGGCGUAGUGCAGGAGGGCAAUAAGACACCUCCGCUGGGCCUGCGCACUACUAAGGUGCAGACGGUGCGCCGAUGGACCUGCUCGUUAUCUUACGUUUUGAUGGCCAAAAUUACCGACGCAAUGUUUUGCGCUGCCGCACAGGGCAAAGACACCUGCCAGGGGGAUUCUGGCGGCCCCGCUGUGGAUGAAAACGGCAGGCAGGUUGGAAUCGUGUCCUUUGGGAACGGCUGUGCCAACUGGCUCUUCCCGGGGGUUUAUACUAACCUUGCCAACGCUGAAGUACGCAAGUUCAUCGACAACUCCAUGCAAAGUAUGUGAAAAGGUGUGCUGAACAGAGUAUGUAAUAAAAGCAAGAAAGAGCAGCAACAAACUAAAGCAUUUACUUACUUUUGCUAAUUUUGUGACCAGCGCAAUUUUGUUUUUAUUUGUCUUUUUUAUCCUAUUUUUAAAAGAAGAUUGAGACAAUGUUGAAUUAGCGCGUUAAUUUGACAAAAUAUUAAACAUACAUCAGAACAUUCGCUAA